CCACCACCACCACCACCACCAUUUUUCCUGUUGGAUCGGUUGAGUAAAAGCUUGCAAAGAUUGCAACAGCAAUAGAAAUUACAGCUAUGCCUGAAGUGUUACCACUUUCUGGCAUGGCUGACGCCGAGCCGGACCUCUCAACGUUCGAGAACAAGUCCGGCCUGGCGGAGGACAUGAAGUUUCUCGCCUCGAUGCCGGAACUGUGCGACGUGACCUUUCUGGUCGGCGAAACGCGCGAACCGGUGUGCGCGGUCAAGGCAGUGCUGGCCGCCCGGUCACGCGUCUUCCAGAAGAUGCUCUACCAGGCACCGUCACCGCAGCGCAAAAAGGAACCGCCACCGCGCGAAAACAAAUUGCGCCUCUUCCUGAAGCGUUCCUCGGAACCGCUGCUAAAUCUACAGAACGCGGCGCAACAGCCUGCGGGUCAGCAGCAUCAAACGCUCAUUAUCGAGGAGUUUGAACCGGACGUAUUCCGGCAGCUGAUCGAGUACAUCCACACCGGCUGUGUGACGCUGCAGCCACGCACACUGCUCGGUGUGAUGAACGCGGCCGACUAUUACGGGCUCGAGGAGCUUCGACGUGCGUGCGGUGGGUUUGUGCAAUGUUGCAUUAAUGUGGACACCGUGUGCGCACUGCUAGCUUCGGCAGAACGUUACAUCCAGUACAAGUGUACCAAGAGCUUGGUCCAGAAGGUGCUCGAGUUUGUUGACGAGCAUGGAAACGAGGUGCUGAACUUGGGGAGCUUUACACUGCUGCCCCAACACGUCGUACGACUGAUACUGGCCCGGGAAGAGCUGCGAGCGGACGAGUUCACCAAGUUCCAGGCGGCAUUGAUGUGGAGUAAGAAGUACUGCGACUCCAACCAGAACACUCCACUGAAGGAGGUGAUUGGGAACUUUCUCGAGUACAUCCAGUUUCACAAAAUACCGGCAAAUGUGCUGAUGCGUGAGGUGCAUCCGCUCGGGCUGGUGCCGUACUCGAUCAUCAUGAACGCGCUUGCUUACCAGGCAGACCCAGCAAGUGUGGACCCCGGAAAGCUCUCCCCCAACUCCAGCCGACACCAUCACCACAGCCAGCAUCUUCACCAGCCAACCGGUGGCAGUGGUUCGAGCAGUUCUCGCUCGCUGCCCAAGAUACGGAAGGCCAAGUCGCAAAGCUUCCGGACACGCCGCAGCCCGUCCGAGCGAAGCUCCAAGGGUGGACACAUAUCGCCGUGGAAUUUUAGCACUAGCACCAGCACACAGCAGCAGCAGUCGCAGGCGUCGCAGCCGGCAAAGUCUCCAGUGGGUAGUACGACCCACCUGGAACAACACCGCAGCUCGAUCGGUUCGGCCAAGAGUCCGUGUCUGUCGCGGCAAGGUACGCUGCGUUCGUCUCAUCGACGUAAGAGCAGUCUCGGGGCUUCGCUCAAUCUGAGCCAAGGUCGUCGCAGUCCGAACAGCAUGCUGAACGAUCGAAGCCCAUCGGGACGUCCAAAAAGUCCGAACCUACUCAUCACCGAUCAAGCGUAUGCGUCCAGCUUCGAUAGACGAUCACCGACGGCUAUGUCCUUCUCGGGGCGCCGUAGUCCGUCCGGGCUGCGAUCACCCUCAGGAGGUUUACGAUCACCUUCUGGACGUCGUAGCCCACUCGGCUUCAAUUUACAGUCGGAGUACUCGGACUUGCUACAAAGCCAGCAGGACCGAUUCAGUCCCAACUCGCUCAGUAGCCACCAGUCGACGAGUGGGCCGGAUCGACGCACAAGCCCAACCAUCCAUCUACCUCCAGAGCGUAGUCGCAGUCCGGUCGGGUUCGGGUCCCGACUCGGAGGCAGCCUGUACGGGCCCGUCGGUUCGGAAAGUCGCUCGGCCCGCACCAGCCCCACCACUCUAGGUACCAUUCCGCCGAUUACCAUCUCUAACCCUUCGGAAACGUACGAGAUCGUACAGAAGUCCAUCGAAACGAAUCAACAGCAACGUAGCCCCAAGAGCCCUAAGAGUCCAAAAAGCCCUAUGAAACCUGAACCCGGAGCGGGUGGAUCAGCACCAGAGAAGAAGGAGAAAACGAGCGUCAUGAAGGAGAUACUAGCGUUCGUGCGCAAACCAUCUAAGAAGGUGACCACUCGCACGAGUAAGUUUGCGGCAGCUUUCACACGUACCGAAUCUACCACGGGAGCACCACUUUUGCGCCAGAGCACAUUCUCCAGCAUUCAGAACUCAUCCAGCUGCGCUGGACGGAAUGCCAUCACGAAGCAGAUGUCGGAGAUAGCUUUCGAACCGAUCAUGUCGUCGCUCAAGUGGAAGAAUGUGGGCUCCAAGAUGUCGCUAAAAUCACUCAAGAAGCUAUCCCAGGGUAUGAGCGUUUCGUCGGAUGGCCGAUCGCGCGACAAGCGUUCCAGUGGCGAUGAGGUGAGUGAUGUCGAGAGUAGCGAUGGUACGGCGGCUGCCUCAGUUGCUGGCAUUCCGGGUACGUCGGAGGGUGUAUUUGAGGUGCUCGAAAGUGUCCAUUUUGAGAAGGUCGGUGAAGCGUACAUCAAGCACGAUCAGAUACGGGAAGAGGAAAGCCCACGAGGAUCGCAGGAUAGUGCAGCUGGUAGUGAUGAGGAAGAUCGCAAUGGUGCCGACGGCGGUGGCCGUUUAAGAGUGACAGCUGUCAGUGAAAUCAAAAAAUCCUUGGAGGCUCUUUUUACGCGCCAGGAACCGAUUGAUGAGGCAGGCGAGACAGGAACAGCUCGGGAGCCGGACGCUAUCCAGUGUCCGACGUUUGAAAUUGAACCACCAUCGAGACGAGCCUCGUUUGAUCCUCCCCGAUCACCGUUCCUGGAGAAUCUUCGAAGUCUGAGUGAUACGGAUCACGAAGGAACUCAUCACAGCCGGCUCGACUCGGGUGGGGAUAGCUUCGAGAUGAUCGACACCACUGAUAGGAUGCCGGGCUCGAGUGUUUCAGGUGAUCGCCACUCGUCCAUGGACACCAGUUUUGACAUCUCGCGAUAUCAAUCUACUUCUUACGAGGAUCAAAACUCAAGCUUCGAGCUGGUGGAACUAGACAACUCCCAGCGAGGUGAUAAAACACUUUCCCCGUUCGACAUUCGCAAGUCUUCUAUAGAGCUGGUCGAUGCAGAAACUUUCCAACGUUCCGGAUACCCCGAAGGUCGCAAAUCCUCCCUCGAAACACACUUUGAUCUGGCGGACAGCUAUCAACAGCAUCACCAACAACGUUCCGCAAGUCCUCGGUCGGCAUUCUCCGUCAUCUCCAGCUCGCGAGCUCCGACACGCAAGCAGAUCUCCGAACCGGGUCGCUGCCGGGACUCUCUUCCAAGAUCCGGUGGACCAUCCACUGCCACCGGUAUGAAAACUCACUAUUCAGCUCCACACCGUGCCAAGUCACCACUCUCCAACCAGACCUCGUCGAACUUUAGCUCUCGCGACAGCUACGACUCCAUCUUCGAGUCCACCCCACCACCUCACUACCACUCGCAGCAGAAGAGCCCCUACUCGUCGUCCGACCCGAAGCAACACUUCCCCCUACCACCCCGCAAGUCGUCCAACGAGUCACCUCGCUUUCUCUGCACCGAUAAGCGCUGUGCCGCCAUCUUCGAACCGCGACCAUCGGUCGGUUCGAUCGGGCAGGUCGGGUCGGGUGUGGCAGGGACGGCUACCGGACGCCUUUCCUCCUGCUACCUAGACACCUCGAGCGGCAGUGAGUUUGAACCUCCGUCACCGCGCCGUGCCGCCAGUGCCUCACCCAAGCACACCUUCACCUUCCGGAUAGUGCUGAAGAAGGUGGACAGCUCGCCGGACGCCAUCUGCCCGUCGGCCGAACGGCGCCAGCUGCGCGAAAAGGCCGAAAGUCGCCACAAACGGCGCGACAGCCGCCGGAAGAAGUUGCUCGAAAUAGGGAAAAGUUUCUAAUGAGCGGCACUUCACGAAUGAGAUCAUCAGAACCAGCGGGUUGGAUCUCAACUCAACGAAGGAAUUGCGUUUCUGGUUUGCGUUAAAUGCUUCAUUUCGUUUGCUGUUUCGUUUUGUUUCGAAGGUGCCGAUAAAGGG